CCUUUUUAAUAAACCACCCAAUUAUCACAUUUUAAAAAUUUUUGGAUCAGCAUGUUGGCCUAAUUUAAGACCCUAUACCCAUACUAAACUUGAGCCCAGAUCUGCCAUAUGUGUUUUUCUUGGGUAUGCACCUUUUCAUUUAGGUUAUCUUUGCCUUCAUAUACCUUCUGGCCGUAUCUAUACCUCCAGGGAUGUUGUCUUUGAUGAAACCCAAUUUCCUUUCUCUAAUAAUUCCUUGCCAGCCCAACCCACUCUUACCUCACAUACCACACUACCUUUUGCUUAUUUUCAGCCCAAUAGCUCCAGCCUAACCCACUUACUUAAUCCUAAUCCACCUUCCCCAUCUCCUGCUAACCCUUUUGCUGCCUCUGCACCUUUGUCUUCAUCCUUAUCUUCAUCGCCUUCCUCCUCAUCUCCUUUUGACACACCAGUGACGGCAGCAUAGUCGUCCACUCCCACUGCCUCUUUCCAUCCCAUGGUCACCAGAUCAAAAUCAAAUAUUUUCAGACCUGCACCUCAAUCCUCCGACUUUAUCUACUACCCCCCCAAUCACACAGCACCUCGGGCCCACCGCCGUCUGUACCCACCUCUGUUACCUCAGCCCUUAAAAUUCCAGAAUGGCGUGAUGCUCUCUUUCAUGAGUUUGAGGCCUUAAUCUCCACCAAUACUUGGUCUCUCGUCCCCUAUUCUCCUUCCAUGAAUUUAGUUGGCUACAAAUAGAUCUUCCGUACCAAAUAUCAUGCAAAUGGCACCAUUGAAAAGCAUAAGGCACGUCUUGUUGCCAAAGGCUUCCACCAACAACCCGGCAUCGAUUUCUCCGACACCUUCUCCCCUGUUGUGAAACCCGUCACUAUCUGGUUCGAGUUAUGCAACAACUCCAACGAAAUUGCAUCCAAACACUUCUCUUAUCUUUUUAUGGUUUCACUGUUUGUUCCUUUUCAAAAUAUCUUUGAUCAUUCAUUGACUUGAAAAAAUUUACAAGAGAAUUUCAAAAAAUAAAAGAAACCAAUAAAACUACAAAUAAAUGUCUCAAUGUACGUCUGGAAAUCUGUGAUUCCCUGGACACUUAACCGUUCAAGGAUGUCUGUUAACGAAAGUUUGUAAACUAAUUUUAUCUUCUCAUCAGUUGAUGCAUGGUAGCAAUUCUAAGUGGAAAAUUAAGUUGGACUUCCGAAAUGAAAGAAACUACAGUAUAUUUUGGCCCAUAUGGGGCACUAUUUGUAAUAUUUUGGCCUAUAUGGGGCACAAUUUGUUUUCUUGAUGAUUUAUUAAUGAGUUCUUUUUUUUUUUGCCACAAUAGUGAGUUCAAAAAAAAAAAAAGACUCUCUUACAGCUUGCCAAGAUUCAAUUUGCUGGGAGGACUAUCAUUCUGCUUUUAAUGUUCUACGUUAGUAGCUUUUCAACCCUGUGAAGGAGACAAAAUGACAAAUUUAUGAAUGAAUCCAUGUCAUAGAUUGCUAGCUAAUAAAGUAUAAGAAAUAUUUCCAAAUGUACUGAAUUAUUGACAACAGUAUCAUUGCAAGUACGAUGAUUUGAUUGUCAUAAACAGGCUUAUAUAUCUUAACACUUGACAAUGACACAAUAUUACAGGUCAAUAUUGGGUCCAUUUGUUUAAAAUUUAAAAAUAAAUUAUUUUUAGAUAAUUUAAAAAUUAUAAAAAAAUGUCUUAGAUGUUUUCUAUAGAGAUUAGAGAAGUCAUUAAUUUCUCUGGUUACAUUAAUACACAGAGAUUAUUAUUAAAUUAUUUUUUGAUUUUAUAAUAUUUUGUGAAUAUUUAUUUUACAAAAAAUAAAUUAUUAUUUAAUUACUUCAAAAUUAUGAUAUGAUAUUUUUGUGAGGGCCGUCGGUAGAAGCACUGCUUUUCAGACCAAGUAUUUUUUUUUUUUUUUAAGAGAUUUGGGUUUUUGAGUCCAAUAAAAAUAGACCCGGUCUUUAAACCUUGUGUGUGUUUCAUAUGUUUGAAACUAGUAUUGUCAUCAUGGCUAUUCCAGUCCCUUCAGAGUGCAGAACUGGUGGCAAAAUGAUCCAGACUCGAGGAAACCGUUAAAGUGAAAGAGCAUCGUCUUCAUACGCAUGUGAAAUGGUUAUGAUAUGGGAUCUGCAUGCAGUACUAAGAUUCAGAAUCAAAUCACAAUUGUUUGAAAUGGUCAUGGGAGUCGAUCGUCUCAACCACUCCCCAGAAUGUUAUUUAAAGCAAUUCGUCUCUCUUCUUUGUUAUCAAUUCUCUUUUCAUUACAAUGGCCACGAAUUACAGCUUCUUCUGCUCACUUCUUGUGUCCCAACUGUGGGAAAGAGACCUACUACUCGAAAGAUCCUCUUACCUCUGAACAAGUUAACAAGCUAGACUCUGAAGGAAAACUUCCCACAUGUGUUACCCAGGACUUCAUAUUGCAACUGAUCAAAGAUUCCUUCCCUCAGAAUGAAACCUGUGAAAUAUGCCACGUACAAAUAGAUGUCGGGUCUUCAGUUUUUUCAAUCCCUCAGUGCCUCCACAAGAGGUUCCAUAAGAACUGUCUGUUGGACAGAUUGUCCCAAGACUACCAUCGUCCGACGUGCCAGAGGAAACUGCCACUGGAGACGGCAACGAAGCGCUGGUUUUACACGCAGUCAACCGAUCCCUCCACCCUCGGGCGUCAAGGUUGAACAGCAGUAUAUGGUUUGGAUGAACACGGAAGAAUGGAAAACAGGGAAACUGAGACGAUCGACAGAAGCAAGCUUGAGAGGAUACAAGGACUCUGUUUACCCCUGUUCUUUGGUUCCAAAAACAGAGCGUCUCCUGCUUGUUAUUAUAGGUAUUAUAAAAAGUUAAGAAUGAUAUAUCUCAUUUUGUCGGUUA